AUGAACUACCUGAAUGUGCUGGCCAAAGCCCUCUAUGACAAUGUGGCCGAAUCCCCAGACGAGCUGUCCUUCCGCAAGGGUGACAUCAUGACGGUGCUGGAGCGGGACACGCAGGGCCUAGAUGGCUGGUGGCUCUGCUCCCUGCAUGGACGCCAGGGCAUUGUGCCUGGAAACCGCCUCAAGAUCCUGGUGGGCAUGCAUGACAAGAAGCCAGCGGGCCCUGGCCCCGGCCUGCCAUCCUCCCCCGCCCAGCCUGGCCUCCAUGCCUCCUCAGCGCCCCCAGCCUCACAGUAUACCCCCAUGCUCCCUGCCACGUACCAGCCCCCAGCUGACAACGUCUACCUGGUGCCCACUCCGGGCAAGGCCCAGCAUGGCCUAUACCAAGCCUCGGGGACAAGUUCACAGUUCCAGUCACCCCCGUCCAAGCAGACGUCCACAUUUUCAAAGCAAACGCCCCAUCACUCGUUCCCCAGCUCGACUCCAGACCUUUACCAAGUGCCCCCCGGGCCUGGCAGCCCAGCCCAGGACAUUUACCAAGUACCUCCUUCAGCUGGAAUGGGGCAUGACAUCUACCAGGUACCCCCGUCCAUGGAUACGCGUAACUGGGAGGGUGCAAAGCCACCUGCAAAGGUGAUGGUGCCCACCCGCGUGGGCCAGGGCUACGUGUACGAGGCCUCCCAGUCGGAGCAGGACGAGUAUGAUAUCCCGCGCCACCUGCUGGCCCCCGGCCCCCAGGACAUCUAUGACGUGCCCCCAGUGCGAGGCCUGCUUCCCAGCCAGUAUAGCCAGGAGGUAUAUGACACGCCCCCCAUGGCCGUCAAGGGUCCCAACGGCCGAGACCCAUCGCUGGAUGUGUAUGAUGUGCCCCCCAGUGUGGAGAAGGGCUUGCUGCCACCCACCCACCACAUGGUGAGCAGCUGCCUACUGGGCGGCCACCAGAGCUCCCGAAUGCGGCUGUUGGGUAUAGUGUACGAUGUCCCUCCAUCGGUGAGCAAAGACGUGCCCGACGGUGCGCUACUGCGUGAGGAGACGUACGACGUGCCCCCUGCCUUCGCCAAGGCCAAGCCCUUCAACCCCACCCGCCACCCGCUGGUGCUAGCGGCGCCCCCUCCGGACUCCCCGCCCCCCGAGGACGUGUACGACGUCCCCCCACCGGCGCCCGACGUCUAUGAUGUGCCCCCCGGGCUGCGCAGGCCGGUGCCCGCCACCCUCUACGACGUGCCCCGUGAGCGCGCGCUGCCCCCCGAGGCCGGUCCGGCGGCCGAUGGCGUGUACUCGGUGCCGCCGCCCGCCGAGCGCGAGGGUCCCGCCGAGGGCAAGCGCCUGUCGGCGUCCAGCACGGGCAGCACGCGGAGCAGCCAGUCGGCGUCGUCCCUGGAGGCCGUGCCGGGCCGCGAACCACUGGAGCUCGAGGUGGCCAUGGAGGCGCUGCCCCGGCUGCAGCAGGCCGUGAGCGGCACGGUGGCCCACCUCCUGGACCUGGUGGGGGGCGCGGGCUGGCGCAGCGCCCCCGAGGCUCCGGAGCCGCUGCAGGCCGAGCUGCGGGCCGCCGUGGCCGCUGUCCAGGGGGCGGUGCAGGAACUGCUGGAGUUUGCCCGCACUGCCAUCAGCAACGCUGCCCACACCUCGGACCGUGGACUGCACGCCAAGCUCAGCCGCCAGGUGCAGAAGAUGGAGGAUGUGCACCAGACCCUGGUGGCGCAUGGCCAAGCGCUGGACGGGAGCCGGGGAGGCCCCGGGGCCACUCCUGAGGACCUGGACCGCCUGGUGGCCUGCUCGCGGGCCGUGCCCGAGGACGCCAAGCAGCUUGCCUCUUUCUUGCAUGGAAAUGCCUCGCUGCUCUUCCGAAGGACCAAGACCUCAGCCUGCGGGCCUGAGGCAAGCGGCCCCCUGCACCCCAACCACACCGACAAGGCCUGUAGCAUCCAGUCGCGGCCCCUGCCCUCACCCCCUAAGUUCACCUCCCAGGACUCUCCAGAUGGACAAUAUGAGAACAGUGAGGGGGGCUGGAUGGAGGAUUACGACUACGUCCACCUGCAGGGAAAAGAAGAGUUUGAGAAGACGCAGAAGGAGCUGCUAGAGAAGGACAGCAUCAUACAGCAGGGGAAGGGCCAGCUGGAGCUGCAGCAGCUGAAGCAGUUUGAGCGACUGGAGCAGGAGGUGUCAAGGCCCAUCGACCAUGACCUGGCGAACUGGACCCCCACGCAGCCGCUGGCCCCUGGGCGGGCUGGCAGCCUUGGGGCCUCGGACCGACAGCUGCUGCUCUUCUACCUGGAGCAGUGCGAGGCCAACCUGACCACGCUGACCAACGCAGUGGACGCCUUCUUCACUGCUGUGUCCACCAACCAGCCACCCAAGAUCUUCGUGGCCCACAGCAAGUUCGUCAUUCUCAGUGCCCACAAGCUGGUGUUCAUCGGGGACACGCUGUCGCGGCAGGCCAAGGCGGCCGACGUGCGCAGCCAGGUGACCCACUAUAGCAACCUGCUGUGUGACCUUCUGCGUGGCAUCGUGGCCACCACCAAGGCGGCCGCCCUGCAGUACCCAUCUCCUGCUGCCGCCCAGGACAUGGUGGACAGGGUCAAGGAGCUGGGCCACAGCACCCAGCAGUUCCGCCGGGUCCUGGGCCAGCUGGCAGCUGCCUGA